AUGGUGUCGUCGUCGUCGUCGUCGGUGAGCUGGUGGUGGUCCUUAUCGGUGGCGCUCUGGAUCGGGACAGUGUUACUGGCCGGGCACGGAAAUGGCCAACUGGCGGCAUGGAACGCAACCAACGUGACCAACGGCACGAACGUUACCUACGUGCCCGGGCCACAGCCUGUGAUUACCCUGGCAACGGGCGGCUUGCCACCGCUGGCGACCACCACUCCGGUGCCGGCGAACGAAUCCCGGUGGGAACCGAUCCCGCACUACCAGCACGCGCACUACGAUCCGACCGGGAAGGUGCUCUGGUUCCCGAAGAUCGUCGGCGGGACGCCGGCCACCACCGGCGAGUUCCCGGCCAUGGUGUCCCUUCAGCUGCUCCGCAAUUCGGCGCACGUCUGCGGCGGAACCCUGCUCACGAUGGGCCACGUCCUGACGGCGGCCCACUGUGUCACCGAUACGCGCGGUGUGGCCAAUCCUGCCACCCUGUUUCAAGUGAUGGGUGACGAUCUGCACAUACUGCCGUUGGUGGCCAGCCCGAGCCGGCAGAUGCGCACCGUGCGCUCCGUUAGCGUGCACCCGCGCUACGACACGUCCACCCUGGCCAACGACAUCGCCAUGCUGCGGUUGGCGAGCGACUUCCGUAAAACGGGCUCCCUGUUUCCGGCGAAACGCCUCGAGAAGGCACCGAUACUUGGCGACCGGUGCAGUGUGGCCGGCUGGGGCGUUACGUCGGAGCAGUCGACCACGAUGAGUCCCGAUCUGCAGCGGAUCAACGUGGUGGUCAGUGAUUUCGGGACGUGCAACGCGCUGUUCCAGCAGCUCCUCACGCAGGGUAUGCUGUGUGCGGGCGAUGCAGGACGUGACGCGUGCCAGGGCGACUCCGGUGGGGCGCUGCUAUGCGCCGGCGGCCGGAUGGCCGGCAUCGUGAGCUUCGGGGCCGGCUGCGCCAAACCCAACGUGCCCGGUGUCUACGUGGACGUGGUUUACUACGAGAAGUGGAUCAACGGGGCACUGAAGAAUGGAGCGGCCGAGCUGCUGCUUCCGGUCCCGGCGCUACUCGUGAGCCUACUCGUCGUCGUGUUGCGGACCGUGUCGGGGACAUCUUAAGGAACAGAAAAGGAAGCCGACAAACAAUGUGUAACGUAAACGACCGGAGCACGUGCUCCGAGGGCCAGAUUGAGGAUUAAAG